CUUCAAUCAAGCAAUUUUCUUUUUAUUUGAGGGGGGGCGGACAGGGAAAACAUGCCAUAUGAUUAAAGCACUGAAUUGAAAAGCUCUCCAGUAGGUGUUAUGCAAAAUUCCCAUGAUCGUUUCAAUGACCACAUCCCUGACCACUUCCUUCACCACAGCCGCUCCCCUGACCGCUCCCCUGACCAUAUCCGCUCCCCUGACCAUGACCGCUUCCCUGGCCAUGCCCGCUCCCCUGGCCAUACCCGCUCCCCUGGCCGCUCCCGCUUCCCUGGCCAUACCCGCUCCCCUGGCCGCUUCCGCUUCCCUGGCCAUACCCGCUCCCCUGGCCGCUUCCGCUUCCCUGGCCAUACCCGCUCCCCUGGCCGCUCCCCUGGCCGUAACCGCUCCCCUGGCCGCUUCCGUGACCACUUCCACUUCCCUGACCAUGACCGCUCCCCUCGCCAUGGCCGCUCCCCUGGCCAUAACCGCUCCCCUGGCCGCUCCCCUGGCCAUAACCACUCCCCUGUCCGCUUCCGUGACCACUUCCACUUCCCUGACCAUGACCGCUUCCCUCGCCAUGGCCGCUCCCCUGGCCAUAACCGCUCCCCUGGCCGCUCCCCUGGCCAUAACCGCUCCCCUUUAAGCUGGGCCUGA